AAUGUCACCUGCAUGGAAGGGCUGGUGUGUUCUUGCAUGGCUAGCUUAAUAGGUUCUUGAGCAUAACAUGGCUCUGGGAUUGAGGAUCUGUUUAACAUUACUGCCAGAUCGAAUGCAGACCAGAAUUCUUCUCAUUCAUCAAGCGAGCCUUCUUAUUCAAGCCAGCCGUCUUUCUUCCGGUCUGAUGCAGUAAUCUUGUGAUGUUCAUGGUUUUUUGAUAAAGUUGUUUUUAGUCAUAGAUUUUAUGGUUUUCAGAGCACUGAAAGCUUAGUAUUUGUAGUCAAGGAUUGUUAUGGUUUUAUGCCUUUUUUGGGGUAGGAAAUGGAUGACUAUAUGGUUUUUGAGGGUGUGAUUGUGUUGAACAUAAUGUCUUUGGAUAAUGGAAUGAAUUGAUGAAUGAUUU